ACUCCCUUAAAAAAAACCCAGAGUGAAGCUGAGUGAAGCUGAGCUCCAGACCAGCAGCAGCCUCCACACACUCCUCUACAGCAGCUCAGUGAGGUGACGGCUCCAGCGCAUUUCAGCAGCGGCAACCAGACGAAUCGCCAUGGGUCCGAGCUGCUGGAGCCUGUGGGUGCUGAUCUUCACCUGGACGUGGUGUCACAGCACGGGCUUGAGCAGGAGACGGAGGGCUACCGAGGAUGCUGAGGGUGACGGGUCUCCCAAGAAGUGCUCCUACACCUUCCUGGUUCCUGAGCAGAAGAUUACAGGACCUAUUUGCGCAAGUCGUGGACCUGCACUUCCAGACAAGGACAGGGUCACUCGGUUGGACGUAGCGGACGUUCGGGAUCUGCUCUCGAAGCAGAGGCGUGAGAUGGACACCCUGCGGAUGGUGGUGGACGUGGAUGGCAACAUGGUGAGCGAGAUGAAGCUCCUGCGGAAGGAGUCGCGCAACAUGAACUCGAGGGUCACGCAACUUUACAUGCAGCUGCUGCACGAGAUCAUACGCAAGCGAGACAACUCGCUGGAGCUUGCGCAGCUGGAGGGUCGCAUCCUCAACGCAACAGCAGAGUCCCUGCGGCUCGCAGCUCGAUAUCGGGAGCUGGAGGUGCGUUUCUCCGCACUCGCUGCCGUGGUCAACAACCAGUCGGUCCUGAUUGGUGCUCUGGAAGAAAGGUGUCUGCAGGUGUACGGCAACCGCAGACAGGAACCCAUCGCCCCACCUUUAGUCCAGGUCGUUCCUGAGAACAUCCCAGUGCACGUUCCUCGCUUUUUCAACGAGAUCCAGAGGGUUCCCAGCAGGUCUUUACCCAGGGAGAGGGGCUCCAGAGCAGGACCAGAACCCACCGGGAGUACCCUGGAAGCCAAGCAGCCACCGGACGGCAACUUCAGCUCAGAAGGUCCGUUCCGGGACUGCCUCCACGUGAUGCAGGCCGGCCACGCCACCAGCGGGAUGUACCUCCUGAAAGCAGACGGCAGCGAGAGGCCCUUCCAGGCGUGGUGCGAGCAUGACCUGGACAACGGAGGCUGGACCAUCAUCCAGAGGAGGAAGGACGGAUCUGUCAACUUCUUCCGAAACUGGGACAGUUACAAGAAAGGGUUUGGCAACAUAGACGGCGAGCACUGGCUGGGGCUGGAGAACAUUUACAGCCUAGGCAAGCAGGGGGACUAUAAGCUGCUGGUGGAGAUGCAGGACUGGAUGGAGAAGAAGGUCUACGCAGCCUACAGCAGCUUCCAUCUGGAGCCGGAGAGCGAAUCCUACCGCCUGCGCCUGGGAACCUACCAGGGCAACGCUGGAGAUUCCUUAACCAGCCACAACGGCAAGCAGUUCACCACGCUAGACCGGGACAAGGACGCCUUCUCAGGUAACUGUGCUCACUUCCAUAAAGGCGGCUGGUGGUACAACGCUUGUGGACAGACCAAUCUGAACGGAGUCUGGUAUUCAGGAGGAGUUUAUCGCAGCAAGUUUCAGGAUGGAAUCUUCUGGGCUGAUUAUGGUGGAGGUUUCUACUCCAUGAAGGCUGUGAGAAUGAUGAUCAGGCCCAUUGACUGAAUUCAGACCAAAGCCCAGAACUGAAUGGAGCUACACUGAGUCUGUACAAGGGAGAGCGGCGGGACGGUCCAGCUCUUAGUUCUAUGUUUAAAUGUACACUGCCUGGCCAAAAUAAAGGUCACACACUCUAAUAUCUCAUUGGAACACCUUUAUCUUUGAUUGAUAAGCUUCUGCAAUGUUACAGGAUUAAUUUCAAUCCAGUGCUGCAUUCAUUUUUAAAUAAGAUCUUGCAGCAGCAUUGAUGAUGGUAGAGUCUGACCACUGCACAAAGCAGCUCUUCUCCAUCCAGCACAUCCCAAAGAUUCUCAAUGAGGUUAAGAUCUGGACUCUGUGGUGAACUCUCUCUCAAUCCAUGUGUGAAAAUGAUGAUCUCAUGCUCCCUGAACCCUGAACUCUUUCACAAUUCCAGCUCCAUGAAUCCUGAUAUUAUGAUCUUGGAAUAUGGCCGUGAUCAUCAGGGAAGAAAAAAUCCAUUGAUUCAGGAAUAAUCUGGUCUAUAUUCAGUAUAUUCAGGUAGUCAGCUGACCUCACUCUUUCAGCACAUACUGUUGCUGAACCUAGACCUGCAGACCAACUGCAGCAUCAACCCCACAUUAUUUACUUAUUAAAUCCAGGUGGAGACAGUUUUUUGGUCAGGCAGUGUAGAAAGUAGCUCAAUAGCAGGUCUACAGAGCAGGAGACCACUAGAUGCUAGCUUCUUCCUCCUCCACUUCAGACCCACACAGAGACUUUUUAAUGGGAGGCAGGAGCUUUAAAGAUACAAGACAAGCCUAGGGCUAGCCUAGUUUUGCUGGAGCGCCAUCAACUGAAUGGUAUUCACAGGUGUUUAUGGUAUUUUUCACUUGAUAUUCAUAGGCUGAACCUCAAAAGCAGCUCAAACUGAUUGAAAGAUAAUCAAGUUGUGUGCAGAAAACUUGAAAAUGAAUCUUCUGAAAAAAAUGCUCACUUUUGUAGAAUCUAAACUGCUCAGUGCCUUACAGGUGCAUUAUAAUAUCAUUGAAAACUUUCUUUAUUUCAGUAAUUCAGUUCAAAAUGUGAGACUAAUAUGUGUUAUAUGUCUUUUAUGAAUGAUUAUUAUGGCUUACAGCAAAUGAAAGACCCAAAAAUCAGUAUCACAGAAAAUUUGAAUAUUAUAUAAAGACCAAUUGGUACUUUUGGCAGUGUGGGCGGUGUGCCAAGUCCUGCUGGAAAAUGAAAUCCACAUCUCCAUAAAAGUUGUCAGUAGCAGAGGGAAGAAGCAUGAAGUGCUGUAAGAUUUUGUGGGAAAACAAAACUGCACUGACUUUAGACUUGAUAAUAAAACACAGUGGCUCUACACCAGCAGAUGACAGACAUGUCUCUCCUCUAAACCAUCACUGAUCAUCAGUAAAUUUUACAUUUCAUUUGUAAAUGAAGGGAUCAGAGUCUGGAGGAAGAGUGGAGAGACACACAGUCCAAACUGCUCGAGGUCUAGUGUGAAGUUUCCACCAAUCAGUGUCAUCUGAUGUUGGUUUAUGAUGAUGCAGAUUUCAUUUUCCAGCAGGACUUGGCACACUGCCCACACUGCCAAAAGUACCAAUUGGUCUUAUAUAUUAUUCUAACUUUCUGAGAUACUGAUUUUUGGGUUUUCAUUGGCCAUAAGCCAUUCUCAUCAACAAUUAAAAAAAGAAUCAAACACUUAUAGUAGGUCACUCUGUGUGUAAUACAUCUAUAUAAUAUAUGAGUUUCACAUUUUUGACUAAAUUACUGAAAUAAAGAAAACGUUUCAUUUUCACAUUUCUUGAGAUGCACCUGUAAUUUCCAUCAUUUUGAGGAGUAAAGAAUCAAGGUUUGUGUGUUUUGUUACAUUGUAUUCUGUAUGUUUUGUCCAGUUAGUUUUGGUUUCACACUGCAGUUUACUAACUGAGCGCACUAAAGAACUUUACUGUGUCCUGUCAUCAUCAUCUCUGUGGGCGGAGUCUCUCUUUGCUUCACACUGAUUGGUUCCCAUUGACUGAAUUGCAGAGUGAGUGUCACAGAUUCCGCUCAGAUUCCUUAUAUUUGUAUUUAUAAAUAAGGGUUAAUCUACAGUUACAGUAGAUACAGUAUAAUCUGGGAGUCGGCACAGUACUGAACACUGCCAAAAUAUAUUUUAAUUGUUGUGAGAAGGAACUGCAAUGUUCUAUAAACAGGUAAAUACUUUACCGUCCCAAUGUUUUUUGUGUGUUUUCUUCAUGUUGCAGUCCUGGAAUACAGGAAUAGAUGUACAGUAUAUUAUUGAAUAUAAUUAAGUUGGGCAGAUAAAUCAAGAAAUAUCUUGGGUUCAUACUGUCUGCAAUCAAUUAAAAGUUAAAUUGUUUACAUAU